GUGGUGGUGGUGGUGGUGGUGGUAGUGGAGGAGGAGGCGGUGGUGGUGGAGGAGGAAGAGGAGGUGAGGAGCUUUGAUGGCAGUAGUUGGGCCCAGCCGGCACUCGCGGGUGUCCAUGAGCGUGUCUAUGUCGCUGAUGCAGGGGGGCGGGGCGGGGACGACAGGUGGAGGCGGGACGACGGGGCCCGGGGCCCACCCGGGCCAGGCGGUACUCGCGGCCGCCGCCGCUGCCGCCGCCGCCGCGGCGACCCAGCCGACCCCCACCUAUUAUCAUCCCGCCGCACCCGCGCCACCCCCACCACCACCGCCCGCGCAGGAUCCCGUCCAACCCGACAGACCCAUCGGCUACGGCGCUUUCGGUGUUGUCUGGGCUGUCACGGAUCCGAGGGAUGGUAGGAGAGUGGCCUUAAAGAAACUGCCGAAUGUCUUUCAAAGUCUCGUCAGCAGCAAACGCGUUUUCAGGGAACUUAAGAUGCUCUGUUUCUUCAAACACGAAAACGUUCUCUCGGCCCUGGAUAUCUUGCAACCGCCGCAUCUCGACUUCUUCCAAGAAAUAUAUGUGAUCACGGAGCUACUCCAAAGCGAUCUUCACAAGAUCAUCGUCAGCCCGCAGCACCUCAGUCCCGAUCACAUCAAGGUCUUCCUUUAUCAAAUCCUUCGAGGUCUGAAGUAUCUUCACUCAGCCAGAAUUCUCCAUAGAGAUAUCAAGCCAGGGAAUCUAUUAGUAAACAGCAAUUGCGUCUUAAAAAUCUGUGAUUUUGGAUUGGCCCGCGUGGAAGAGCCUGACCAGAACAAGCACAUGACUCAGGAAGUGGUGACGCAGUAUUAUCGUGCCCCGGAAAUUCUAAUGGGCGCACGACAUUAUACCGCAGCCGUCGAUGUAUGGAGCGUCGGUUGCAUUUUCGGCGAGCUUCUUCGACGACGGAUUCUCUUUCAAGCUCAGAGUCCUGUGCAACAGCUGGAAUUGAUCACGGAACUGCUAGGCACCCCAACCCUCGAGGACAUGAGGUACGCUUGCGAGGGUGCAAGGACUCACAUGCUGAGGCGUGCACCGAAACCACCCUCGUUGACGGCUCUCUAUACCCUCAGUAGCCAGGCGACGCACGAGGCCGUCCAUUUGCUCUGCCAGAUGCUAGUCUUCGAUCCUGACAAGAGGAUCACCGUGGUGGAUGCCCUGGCGCAUCCUUAUCUGGACGAGGGAAGACUCAGAUAUCACUCGUGCAUGUGCACGUGUUGCUACACAACGAGUGCUGGGAUGAGACAGUACACUGGGGACUUCGAGCCAGCGACUACUCAUCCCUUCGACGAUCUCUGGGAGCGAAAACUGACGAGCGUGCAGCAGGUGAAAGAGGAGAUGCACAAAUUUAUAGCGGAGCAGCUGAACACGUCGCGCGUGCCGCUCUGCAUAAAUCCGCAGUCCGCGGCAUUCAAGAGCUUCGCAAGCUCAACGGUGGCCCACCCUUCGGAACUGCCACCCUCUCCUCACCAAUGGGAAUAAAUCUUCUCCGCGCGGAAUAAGAAAGAGACACACAAAAAAAAAUACAGACAAAGAAUGAAUGAAAGAGAUAGAAAGAUUGAUAGAAAGAAAGAAAGAAAGAGAAAGAGAGUGUGUGUGUGAGUGAGAGAGAAAGAAAAAAGUAAAAAAGAAAGAAAUAGAGGAGAGGACACGUAACUCACAAGAAUGGACCGUGUUUCCCGGUAUUCCUUAGACGUAUUCUCGUUUUACGUCGUCAUUUGGACGAUCUUUUCGAAAGAAAGAGAAGCGAGGUUAUACUUAUCCGGGAAGACAAAA